UCUUACUGCUCAAAAGACAUGAUGUCAACCCAAGAAAUAGUGUCAGAUUCAGAAGCGCUUUGUCGCAGUGAUGAUCCCCAACAUCCUUCCAACUUGAUUCCUGAAUUAUGUCGUUUAUUUUAUCAACUCGGUUGGGUUACUGGUACUGGUGGUGGUAUUAGCAUCAGAAAUGGAAACAAUGUCUAUAUUGCACCCUCUGGUGUUCAAAAAGAACGCAUGGAAUCACACCAAUUAUUUGUAAUGAAUUUACAUGAUCGUGCCUUGUUGAGAAAGCCUUUGGUACUUAACCCCUCUGCUUGUACUCCAUUGUUUUAUAACGCCUAUACAAUGCGUGAUGCAGGUGCUUGUAUUCACACUCAUUCUCAAAACGCUGUCAUGGCUACCUUGUUGUACAGUGGAGACACCUUUGAAAUUUCUCACCAAGAAAUGAUUAAGGGUAUUCGUAUUGGCUCUACAAAGAAAAACUUGCGUUAUUUUGACAAGUUGGUUGUUCCUAUCGUUGAGAAUACACCUGAGGAAGAAGAUUUGACUGAGAGAAUGGCUGAGGCCAUGAAGAAAUAUCCUGAUACGAAUGCCGUUCUUGUUCGUCGUCAUGGUGUAUACGUAUGGGGAGAAUCAUGGGAAAAGGCAAAGACUAUGACAGAAUGUUAUGAUUAUCUUUUUGAAAUUGCAGUCAAAAUGAAAUCUAUUGGCAUUGAUCCUGCCGUAAAGCCUGCAUCUGAACCUGAUUACUGUUAACUAAAGAUUUCCUCAUUUAGAACAAUAGAAAAAAAAGCCUCCAAAGUAUUUUUUCGUAGUUAUUUUUUUUUUUUUUUGGAUUUUUUUUUUUAGUUUUUUUUUUCUUGCUCUCCAUUCCACAAAUGAACGACAUUAGAC